ACUGCAUGUUAUUGCAGAUAACUGGCAGAAUGGAUGUGUCCUGGUCUGCAGGUGUCACACACUGAACCACCAGGAGUUCAUCAGCCAGUGCCAUGCACUAUCAUGGUUGUUAGUGAUCAGAAUUGUUCGUUUGUCUAGCACUUAUUUGCAGUUUCUGUUUCCCCAAACACAAGGAGCAGAGGAAGCAUUUUCUUAAGAGUCCUGCUUCCAGACACCGCAUGCAAAAAUCCCCCUUUAUCCUUCCUUUCAGUUCUCUCCUACAAGUAUGUUGCUGAUGUCUGUCUCCCAGCUACUUCUAUCCCUUGUUUUUCUUCCUUUUCACUUAAAGAAGCUAUCGCUUUGGUGACCGUUCUCGUGUAAGGUAGAUGAACAACACAGCUUUGUUGGUUCUGAUUCUAGCUUCAUGUAUGGUUUGGGGUAUGUUUUUGUAAGCAUCUCUGCUGUUGCAGUUGUUGCUAACAAGUUACUGCUUAGGACUUAAUUCUGUAUGUGUAAAAUAGCGUGAGGUAGGUUAGUUGCUUCAGCAAAGAACACUUGUUGGCCCUAGAUCAAACACACUUGAUCACAGCUGCAUUUCUAAUCCAAGCAACAUGGAAAAACAUGAUGUCCUCAAGAACAGUUAGGUAAUCCAGGGACAAAGAGAAUGGCCAAGGAGCACCACUUCUCAAAAGCUGUAUUUCAGCAACAUUUUGUCAGCGAGUCUUGAGCCUAGGAUGAUACGGUUUCCACGCUGCAUUUGAAGUGUCCUGUGUAUUCUGCAUGUUUUACUUUAUAUUGCAAAAGCUCAGAUGCAUACAGAAUUUUUAAGAGUCAAAUGAAAAAAGACUGUAACUGUUGGGCUACACCUGCGCAAGAGUAGGACAGCUUUUCAGUAACACCAAAUUCUAGCCUACAAAGAAAACAGCAUUUGCCUAAAGAUGCUCUGAGUUGCAUCUGUUAGAACCAGAAACUUAUGAUUAAGUACUUCAGUAGUUUGUCCUAGGAAACUUGUUUUUGCCAAAUCUUUUCCAUUUACCACAGCCUCGCAUAGCCUGGGUAAUUUCUUACCCAAAUUGUCUGCUAUGGCAAACAUGGGCAGGGGGGGCAGUAUGGGGCAAUAGGUUACUGAGUGCUGUCAGCUCAGUGAUGCUGACAACAGUUUCAUCUACUGUAAUCCGACAGAUCUGGAAAAAAUGAGAAGUAGAUUUCUGAAGUGCUGUAAAGUAUCUUAACCUUUUAGUCAAACCACAGUCAGCAACAGUACAGUUGUGGACACGGCCACCAGCAGCAGUCCUUGCUUGUGCUGCUAGAGACUACCAGACUAACCACGGGAAAGGCAAUCCGGAUUAGACUAAAAGGGCAUUCGUGGCUGAAAAUGGCACAGUAAGGAGUAAAACCAGAAGUCUGUGAAGAAGAUAACUUUUCUUGAAUGUCCAAAGGGUCAUCAGGAGUGUUGUUCCUCAUCUUCAGCCACAAUGUCAUCUUGUUUCUGCAUGAGCUGGGUUCUUCUUAUCCUGUUGACAGGCCCCACAGUAUCAGAAUCAGUUGUGAAAGGAGAGGCUGGUCAGAAUGUCACUGUGCCCUGCUUUUACAGUGUUAAGAGUACAUACGACAUAACAUCAAUGUGCUGGGGUCGUGGCAGCUGCCCCUCUUCAAAGUGUUAUCAGCCCAUUAUCUGGACAGACGGAUGGAAGGUGACAGUACAGGAUGACAGCAGGUAUACGUUGAAAGGGAACCUGCUUGUGGGCGAUGUGUCCCUCACAAUCAUGAACGCCAAGGAAGCAGACAGCGGGACAUACUGCUGCCGCGUGGAGAUCCCAGGGUGGUUCAAUGAUCAGACAAGUAACCAUGAGGUUGUGAUAGAGAAAGCUAGGAUCUCUACUGCAAGUCCUCACACUUACACCUCUGAACAGACUUCAGCUCCUGGGAGUGCCAGUGAAUCCUCCUUUACCAUCACAAGAAGGCCAUCGGUUUCUGCUUCAGAAGCUCCUGAGACCGCCUCUGGUCCCUGCUCAAACACCUUGGACUGCUUGGACGUAACUGCAAACCUGCAGAACGUGUCUGUAUCGCUUCCCAGUCAGCAGCAUUCACGAAAUGAACUAUACAUUGGGAUCGGUUUAUCUGUGGUCCUUCUAGCCAUCCUGAUUUUGGCUCUGUUCCUCACUAGACAAUAUUUACUCAAUACGAAGAAGACGGGUGACUUUUCAAACUUUGUUGCAUUUUGGAGGCCAGAAGGUGCAGGGAACCACAGUGCACUGGAAGAUGAUGUCCAUGCAGAGGAAAAUGUUUAUAUAGUGCACUAAGGACUAUAUGCAUGCUUGCCUUGGUCAGCGCUGAGAAAUCAAAUGGCUUGAACAAUGUUAGCUGCUCCCUCUGCUCAGCAGCUAAAUGUGACUGGACUAUUGAAGCAUUAUUCACAUCAUUCUGGUAAAACAAAUAAAAGCUACACUUGUAAUUAAA